AUGCUGCAAGGCAUCCUCGCGCCAAUGCUGCUUCCCCACAGCUGUCCUUCAUCUCUUCCUCGGUCCCGCAACCUCAUCAAAAUCGACUUCCUCAGCGCACUACCCACCGAGCUAGGCUUCAAGAUCCUCUGUUAUCUCGACACAUCCUCGCUAUGCAACGCCGCACAAGUGAGUCGGAGAUGGCGCCAGCUCGCCGAUGACGACGUCGUUUGGCACCGCAUGUGUGAGCAGCACAUUGACCGCAAGUGCACCAAGUGCGGCUGGGGGCUCCCACUGCUUGACCAGCGACGCCUGCGCAAAGAGAAGAGGAAGAUUGAGCUGCGCGCAUCCGGCCGUGCCCUCAACGAGACCUCGACGGAUGUUCCACACUCUGUGAAGGCAACGGAGCCACCAAGCACUUUGGCCGACCGCACAUCAGACUCUUCCAGCUCCACUACCGGCACCAAACGUCCCCGUCCUGAAGAUGCCGAUGCUUCCUCCGAGGCCUCCAAGCGCUCUUGUACCGGCACAGACUCGACACGCGACCAGCUGGCAACCUAUUUUGACCAGCCCAAGAAGCGACCAUGGAAAGAUGUCUACAAGGAUCGUUUCAAGGUUGGAAAGAACUGGAAGGACGGAAAGUUCACUACGAAAAUAUUCAAGGGACACGAGAAUGGAGUCAUGUGUCUCCAAUUCGACGAUCAGGUCCUCAUCACUGGCUCGUACGAUGCUACAGUCAAGGUCUGGGACAUCAAAACUGGCGAGGAGAUCCGCACUCUCAAGGGCCACACUCAGGGCAUCCGAUGUCUGCAGUUCACAGAGAGCACAUUGGUCACUGGCAGCCUGGACAAGACUAUCAAAAUGUGGAAUUGGCGCACUGGCGCACUGAUGAGAACGCUGAUCGCACACAGCGACGGCGUCAUUGGCUUACAUUAUAUUGGCAACAUGCUUGCGUCUGGGUCUUCUGAUCACACGAUUUACAUCCACGAUUUCGAGAAAAAGACACGCACUCGGCUGUCUGGCCACACUGACUGGGUGAACUCUGUCAAGAUCGAUCUUCAAUCCAGGACUCUCUUUUCAGCCUCCGACGACAUGACGGUCAAGCUGUGGGAUCUCAACUCUAAUAUGUGUCUCAAAACGUACGAAGGACACGCAGGUCAAGUACAGCAAGUCCUUCCGCUGCCUCAUGAAUUCGAGAUUGACGAAGAUGAAUUCAAUGGAAACGGAAGGACUGAUACUUCCGACACAGCAUCCCUUGCCUCUGACAGUGGCAAGCUCUCUUUCUUAAAGCGUUCCACCUCGUCGGGCUCCCACGAAGAUUCUUCCUUUUUCCCUAAUAACCCUGAUCGAUCCAACCCACCAUCUUACAUGCUCACCGGUUCCCUUGACGGCACUAUCGGACUCUGGCAUGUACCUUCUGGUCGACAGGUGCACCGCUUCCUGGGGCAUAUCGAAGGUAUCUGGUCGCUGGCGGCUGACUCGCUGCGUCUGGUCAGCGGCGCAGAAGACAAGACAAUCAAGAUUUGGGAUCCCAGGACCGGGAAGAAUGAAGGCACAAUGGCAGGUCACACGGGACCCGUCACUUGCGUUGGCGUGAGCGACUCAAGGAUCGCUAGUGGCAGCGAAGAUGGCACGGUGCGAGUGCUCUGCUUCGUUUGA